GCCAGCAACACAGAGGCAGGCAGCCUGAAGGAAGGCCAGCAACACAGAGGCAGGCAGCCUGAAGGAAGGCCAGCAACACAGAGGCAGGCAGCCUGAAGGAAGGCCAGCAACACAGAGGCAGGAGUUUGAGCCAUGGUGGCAGAGGCAUCGCGCGCAGCCCUGCAGGCCGCCACCGCUGCCGCUGCUGCCACACAGGCAGCCCUGAAGGCAGCGGGCACUGCUGCUGCAGCCUCGGGGGACUCCAGCCUCCCAGCAGCCUGGGCCGAGGCCUCCUCCAUCGCGGAUAGGCUGCAGGCCCUGCUGGCGCCGCCCCUGACGGCCGAGGACCUGCACAGCCUAACACAGCCUGCCAGGGGCCUGGUGGAGGCCGGCCUUGUCUUCGCCGUCCACGACGUGAAGGGAAAGACUCGGCACGCAAGGAUCAGCCUUGAAGACGGCAGCCUUUACCUCCACUCCCUGCAGGCCCAGGCCCUGCCGAACUUCACCGCCACCCUGCAGAUGGGGAAGGUGGUGCCGGCCGCCCCCCCCUGCGAAGUGUUCCUGGACCUGGCGUGGCCCGGCAGCGCGGCGCGGCGGGUGGUGGUGAGUCUACCCCAGGACACCCCCAGGGGCCGGCAGUUCAUGCUGCUGUGCUCGGGCCAGCGGGGCGCCUGCUACGCCAACACCAGGCUGUUUAACGUGAUGCGUGAGGGACAGCCGGGGGAGUGUGUGGUGGGAGGAGAUUACCAGACAGGUGAUGGGAGGGGAGGAGCCGCCCUGCUGCCUCACCUUGACCAGGGUGAGUACUGGCAGUCAGGCAAGGCGGGGGCUGUGUGGUGGUGGCGGUGGCGUGGUGACCCUGCCCGUGGUGCUCAGUUCAGCAUCACCACCCGGGGCGUGCAGCGUGGUAGUAUUUGGUGUGGUGUCUUUGGCCAGGUGGUGCGGGGCCUGGAGGUGGUGCAGGAGGCAGCCCAGCACCGCCCCGUUACUGAGGUGACUGUGGUGCAGUGUGGCGUGGUGCUGUCAAGAUAGUGCUGCACCACACCACACACCACACACCACCACACCACACCAUUGCCAAUAUUAUUUUUUUUUUUUAAGAGGAAAGAAGCAAACACACACACACACACACACACACACACACACGGACACACAGACAGACAGACAGAUAGACAGACACAUACAGACAGACACACACACACACACACAGUUCAGCGUGCAUGUCGUGGUGCUGGCAGUGUGUUGUGAUGGUGGCGGUUGUUGGUGUAAAUACUGGCGGCAGGACACACCACUUCACACAUUGGUCCUUCACUAACAACACAAAUAAAGUUUUCAUCAGCAAACACUUCUGUCACCAGUGUUCACAUCACUGGUCCACACUGUCUCAUCUUGCUUCUCCUCAAUAACAUUAUUGUACAAACAC